CCAAUCCUACCCUAUCCCGACCGGUCCAGUCCCAUCCUCACCACCAAGAUUUCAAAGCUUAUAUUUAUUCUCUCUCUAGUUCUUGUGAUCUGCUCAAAAUCACAGUUCAAAAGAAGAAAUUCUAUCAAACAUCUUACAAAAUCAUCAUCUGUGUUCAUCAAAAUCUUCUCUUUCUCUCUCCGACCAAACUGAUCUGUUCAAAUCCUUCACAUAAAAAAAUGUCUUCUUUGGAACCAGCUUCAGAACGCGUCUGCUAUGUUCAGUGCAACUUUUGCAACACAAUCUUAGCAGUAAGUGUGCCAUGCAACAGCAUGUACGCUGUCGUGACUGUUCGAUGUGGGCAUUGCGCGAAUUUGUUGUCUGUUAAUAUGGGGGCUUUGUUUCACUCCCUUCCUCUCCAAGAUCUUCAGCAAAUUAAUGUUGAAUAUCAGAACAAGGAGAAUGGUUCUUCCUCUAAACCCGACAAAUUUGGAGCUUUCAAUCCGCCUUCUGACCAUAUUAAUCACCCCCCUUCAACCCCUCCUAUCCGUCCACCAGAGAAAAGACAACGAGCACCAUCAGCAUAUAACAGAUUUAUCAAGGAUGAAAUUCAAAGGAUUAAGGCAAGUAAUCCCGAUAUAAGUCAUCGCGAAGCUUUCAGUAGUGCCGCAAAAAAUUGGGCACAUUUUCCCAAUAUCCAUUUUGGUUUGAAGCUGGAUGGCAAAUAAAGGAAGUAAGAUGUGAUUUGGACCACCUUGAAAUUCAUGAUCCAAACACAUCUUCUUUUCUAUCUUAUUCAUAAUUGAUCAUGUAAUGGAUCAUCUCAAAAGAUGAAUUAUAUAUUAUUAUAUUGUUGGUGUGUGUAUUUCUUAUUAUUUUAUAUAACUAUGAGAGGAUUAUUAUAUAUCAUGUUUUCCUAAUUACAAUAAUAUAUAUAUAGCUAGCUUCUU